AUUGCCGGAAUUGAUGCGUGAAUAUUUCGGAUUUUCAGAGUUCAUUAAAAGAUUCUCACUGCAGAAGGACUGUGAAAAUGUCCCCAGGAUAGUGAGAGUGGAAUCCCCUAGGAAUCGCUUUGAAUGUUCGCCGCUCCAGUGGAACAUAACCUCAACACGUGUUUUAAAAACAGUGCUGAUGCUGGCCGAUGCAGGCUCUUCUAAUGCUGUUUAAUUACAAUUCGUAAAAUGACACGUCUGUUCAAGAACAUCAAACUAUUCAAUGCGCUCAAAAUUCCUGUCAGGUACAAAAAUCCGUCUGAUCAUUGGUCUAUGUUGAAAAGGAAAAAGCCAUCCACCAAGAAAGCACUCGAUCACUUUGAUGACUUUUACCAAUCGGUUUACGGUAGUGAUUGGGCAAACAUUAGGUCAGCACUUCUCUCUGAAAACAACAAAUAUAUUGCUGUCCUCAAUAAUUUCAGUGAUACUGAGAGGAUUUGUGAAGAAUUACAAGCUCUAGGUGCAAUGAAUCUAAAAGACAUUUAUGAAGCAUCCAAAAAAAACCUCGAGUUACAUCAAGCACUACGAGAAAACAAAGAGGUUGAUGUUGAGAAGCUGGAUAAAAACAUGGGUGAUAUUUUAUCCGACGAGAAAAUGAAGCACUCCUUUUACCCAGAAUCUUAUCAGGUCCCCAGAGAAUUAGAUAAUGUAGAACGUGAAGAUGUUAGCUCCUUCAAACCUGUCCAAAUGCAGUCCAUUGAAAAAGAUCAGUACAUAGCGAAUGAUCGUAAUCGUAUAAUAAGUUCUUCAGCAGGUGUAUCAGCAUCUCAAUUAUUUGAGUAUGUCCCUGCAACAAAAAUAAAAGGAAAGGAUGAUUUUGUUUUGGAGUCUGAGCAUUACGGCUACUAUACACAAGGAGCUGAUUUUGUUGUCAAGAAAGAAGAAGAAGAUUGUCUGAACUUUCCUGAGAAACUGUUACUUUACACAUUUGAAGAAGGAAGUUCUAUGAAGUUUCCAAAGGCUAAAAAUGGAAGCACUAAGGUUUUAGAUUACUUUGUUCUGGAUGGUGCUUCGGUUUUACCUGUUCUAUCUCUAGAUUUGCAACCAGGAGACACAGUUUUGGAUAUGUGUGCAGCCCCUGGUGGAAAGAUCAUGACAGCUUUACAAACUUUAAAUGCUCGUUUGAUAAUUGCCAAUGAUAUUCAAGAAUCAAGGAUAAAUAGGAUAAAUAGAUUUAUGCAAGAAUUGCUACCGAGCAUAGGAGAUUGGGAUAAAAGGUUCUUUAUUACACAAAGUGAUGCAAGAUACAUUGAGGACAAAAAUAUUUACAAUAAGAUCUUAGUCGACGUACCCUGUACAACAGACAGACACGUUCUUCACGAAGACGACAAUAACAUUUUCAAAUCAACUAGAGUAAAAGAAAGAUUGAGGUUGCCCGAAAUACAGUGCGACAUUUUAAAGAAUGCACUAAAAAUCGCAAUCCUUGGCGGUACAGUUGUGUACUCGACGUGCUCUUUGAGUCCCAUUCAAAAUGACGGUGUUGUUCAAAUGGCUCUUAAAAAAGCUUUCGAAGAAUCUAACGUCCUCUAUGUCGUAAAAGAUCAAACGCGUGCAUUGAAACCUCUGCAAUUUUUGUACAACUUUGGAGAUAAUGGACUAAAAUACGGCCACAUUGUUGUUCCUUCUAAAAGCAGAAAUUGGGGCCCAAUGUACUUUUGUAAAAUGGUCAGGGUCCAGUGAGACAAUUAGAAUACAUUAUGUCAUAGAAUUUAUUUUAGAAGAGUGAAAAAAUAUUGAAAUUGUUCAGCUAAAUUAUACAUCAUAGACUAACUGUAUAGAUCUCUUAUAACUAUAUAUAAAUAAUUACAAAUCCUUAAACUUUUAUAUAUUUUCACAAAAUAAUUAUCUAACGUAAAUGCCCCAUAUACAACACGCGCGUGUAUUUACUAUAUAUUGAAUAUAAAAUGUAAAUACAAUUGAUUUGUACUGUUUGUUGAACUAUAUAUGCGACGAAAACAUAGUCGGUACAAAAUGGAAACAAAGAGCGAUAGAACUAUACAUAUUCUAACUAUUUUUCUCGUUAUAAAAUACUAAUUGUAAAAAUGCCAUUAUUUAUAAUACGAAAUUCAUGAAAAUCUUUUCUUACUGGGACAUUUACAGAUUUUUGUUUACUCAGAAGAAAGACGUUUGCCAUAACAAUUACUCAUUUUUUGAAGUUAUAUCUCAUCUAUUAAUGUCUUGCUUCUUUUAAAGGAACUGUUUGCUCUGGCCUCUCCGUGUCGUGGUUUGACGACUUGACCUUGUUCCAGGGUUGCUCCUCUCCGACGCCAAACAUUGUAUAAAUCAACAUCUCGAUAAUGUAUAGACCUACUGUUACGAAGAAUAUCACCCUCCAAGCCUCAAUGGUUUGCUGUAAAUAGACAAGUUUGUUAAAUUUGUAUAUGUAUUAAACAAAUGUUACGUAUAAUUAAUCGAUAUAACGCUUCA